AUGCAAAGAGAUUCUUCUACUUCAACCCUUUUAACUCGUGAACAACAACUUCGGGAAGAAAUUGCAAGACUAAAACGAGAAGAACAAGAACUCUGUGAAAAAGACAUUUGGGUCAAACAAACCAUCAUGGCUGUUCGAGAAAAGAUUGCUGCCGAAAAAAGAAUUUACUAA